AUGAAAAAUUUGCGUGAAUCGCUAUCAGAAUUAACCACUAAGCAAUUGCAAGAACUUUUAAGAAAAUACGGCUUACCACAUUGGUAUAAUUUAAAAGUAAAUUUAAUUGACCGGUUAGAGAAAUUCAUGGAAAAUUCAGAGAAAAAUUGGAAAUCUGAAUUAAAAAAUAACGAAAUAACACUCAAUACAGAAGAAAAAUUAGUGAAUGUGAACAAUAAUAAUACGAUCGAGAGCGACGCGGCGGACGGUGAAACGUUAAACAUGUCAAGUGAACCGGUACAAAAUAAUAUAAACUUUAAGGAGGUCGAAGAAUCGUUAGAAUUGUUCGAUGGUGAGUCAAACAAAAAAAUAGAGGACUGGUUGCUUGAUUUCGAAAGCAUUUCGGUAGUGUGUAAAUGGAAUCAAGUUCAAAGAUUCCUAUAUUGCAAAAGAUUAUUACGUGGGGCUGCAAAGUUGGCCGUAGAAGCAGAAACUGGCGUCAACAGUUGGGAGAUAUUAAAACGAACUCUCAGAACCGAAUUUGGUUGCCAGGAAUCGGAAAACUUGCACAAAAAAUUGGAAAAUACGAAAAAGCUAAGUAACGAAUCAUUCUUGGAAUAUUUUUAUAAAAUGAAAAAAGUUGCUUCUAGAGGUACAGUGGAAGAAACACACUUAAUUGAGUACAUUAUAGCAGGCAUACCGGAUAGUUCACUAAACAAGGCCACACUCUAUCAGUCUUGUAGUCUUGAGCAGCUAAAAAUUAACCUCAAAGCUUAUGAGAAGUUUAAGGCCGAUCAGGAGAAGGAAAAAAGAUGCCAAGGUCGAAAUAAUUACGACAAUUAUUAUAGUGGAAAUCAGGUCAAUAAAAGAUGCAAUAACUGUGGAGCGGUGUCACACACAACACAACAUUGCCCAGAUAGGGGAAGAGGAAGAAGAUGUUUCAAGUGUAAUGAAUUUGGUCACAUUGCCACAAUAUGUCCAAAUAAUACAAAUUUUAGACGGCCGGUAAGCCAACAAAAUCCAAAUCAAGCGCGUAGUGCAGCAUCACGAAUUGAUAGAGUUCAGCUCUCGGAUUUUACAUUAAAAAUUCAAAUAUUGGAGCAGCCAUUCGAAGCUCUGGUAGAUACUGGUAGUGAUAUUAAUAUAAUAACACAACGCGCAACAGAAUGUUUGGGUGUCGAAGGAUUCAAUGGACCAGGUACAAGUGUUGUGGGGUUUGGUGACAAUAACAAACUAACGAAAGGAUCUGUGAAACUCGAUGUAAUUGUAGAUUCAGAGCAUUAUAAUUUGAAUUUUGAUGUAGUACCUGACUCUUGGGUAAAUACUGACGUAAUUUUAGGUAAGGGAUUUUUGCGAUGUGCAACAGUUCUAAUAGACAAAGGUGAAAUCGUCACAUAUAAAAACAAGACCAGAGACGAUGUUGAAGCGGGCUCACAUAUAAAUUUAAUACGUAUUUCUGAUGUCACCGAUGCGGAAGAUCUUUCAAACAUAAAAAAUUCUUUGCUACGGGCGGAUGUAAGAGAACUUAUAGAACUAUAUUCACCAAGAAAGCCAGAGGAGUCCUAUAUAAAAAUGCAUAUCACACUGGAAGACGAUAAACCAAUUUUUCAAAAGCCACGAAGAUUAGCACAGACAGAAAGAGACUUCGUUCAGUUUCAGAUUCAGGAAUGGUUAGAAAAUGGAAUAAUUCAAGAAAGCUCAUAG